GAACAGAAAUGGCACGUUUUUAUGGUGCACAAUGUUUUUGUUUUUGUUACAAUAUAAACAAGACACUGAAGGCAUCGAUAGUUUCGGUGUAGGAUUUUUCAAUUCGUUCGGAACAAUAAUCCACAGACGAUGUACAACAUUAUACGACGAUACAAAACCAUAAGAGCUUCCCAGGAAUUGUUACCACGAAUCGCUAGCUGGCCCCGAAGCACUCGAUCCAGUCAUGACCGGUUUCAGCAUGGACCUAGUCUCCAGGAUUUCAUCCAGAAAUCACAGCCUACAAGCUCCAUAAAAAUUCACCAGGUAUCACGGGCAGCAGAUGUUCCGUAUGUCCCGAAAGAGGUGCUGUUAGGUAACAACAGGAAGAUAUUUUUCGAAGUUUACGGUUGCCAAAUGAAUACUAGUGAUACGGAAAUUGUUUGGUCCAUUUUACAAAGCCACAACUAUCUGCGAACUCAGAGCAUUGACGAUGCGGACAUUGUGUUGGUGGUUACAUGCGCUAUUCGAGAGGGAGCAGAGGCUAGGGUAUGGACCAGGCUCAAGCAAAUUCGGGCACUGAAAAGAAAUCGUGGCAAAUGGAGCCCGCUGCAGAUUGGUGUCUUGGGAUGUAUGGCGGAACGAUUGAAGCAGCAAUUGGUGGAAAAAGAACAGGUUGUUGAUGUGGUUGCCGGCCCAGAUAGCUAUAAGGAUCUUCCUCGACUGCUAGCCACUGGACAGAAUGGUCAGAAAGCGAUAAAUGUUCUGCUCUCGUUGGACGAAACGUAUGCCGAUGUAAUGCCGGUCAAGUUAGAUCAAAACUCACGGACAGCUUUUGUGUCGAUUAUGCGCGGUUGUGACAAUAUGUGUUCGUACUGUAUUGUUCCUUUCACACGAGGGAAGGAGCGGUCCAGACCGAUAAGCUCCAUAAAGGAAGAGAUUCUGCAUCUGGAGGCCCUGGGUAUAAAAGAGAUCACGCUGCUUGGGCAAAAUGUGAACAGUUACCGGGAUACUAGUCGGGAGCCAGAGGGAGAAAAGCAGGCAACCGUAAUAGUUCCUGGUUUCAAAACGGUUUACAAAACCAAGAUAGGAGGUUUAAGAUUCUCUGAUCUGCUCAGUGAGCUAGCAGAAACGGUUCCAGAAGUGCGAAUUAGAUUCACCUCGCCACAUCCAAAGGAUUUCCCCACGAGAUUGCUGGAAACGAUCGCAAAGUAUCCGAAUAUAUGUAAUAGUUUCCAUUUGCCAGCACAAUCGGGAAGUUCAACAGUGCUGGAACGAAUGCGACGGGGGUAUACAAGAGAAGCAUAUCUUUCGCUAGUCAACGAAAUUCGGUCUAUCAUCCCAAAUGUAACAUUGUCGAGUGACUUCAUUUGUGGAUUCUGCGGGGAAACGGACGAGGAAUUUGCUGAAACUAUUUCGCUACUUCGUGAAAUUAAAUACCAUGUAGCCUAUUUAUUUGCUUACAGCAUGCGAGAGAAAACAACUGCCCAUCGUCGUUUCAAGGAUGAUGUACCCGAUGAAGUGAAGAAACAGCGGCUACAGGAAAUGUUCUCAGUAUUUCGUACUGGUGCUCAGGAGUUGAAUGCACGCUUCGUUGGACAGUUACAGCUUAUUUUGGUAGAAGGAUCUAGUAAACGCUCGCAAGAUGAUCUUUAUGGACGAAAUGAUGGAAAUAUUAAAGUUAUUAUUCCUUCGGGAAUGAUCCCCGUGCGGGAUCCUAGAUCGGAUGAGCGGAAAAUGAUAACGGCAGGAGAUUAUGUAGUGGCUCGAAUAACCGAAUCGAACUCACAGACGUUGAAAGGCAUGCCUUUGUAUCAUACGACCAUUCGUGAGUUUGUGGAGUACUGUACAUACAGUGGAACGAGAACCGAACAGGAUGCAGCACGCGCAGCCAUGCUGCAACGAGCGACUCGACAAAACGUGGAACGAUACAGACUGAAACGAAGGCAGCAAACACAUCUCUUUCGGGAAAAAAAGCGCCGCCUGGAAGAGAAAGAGUGUGAGGAGAUGGAGCUGCUUUAUUGUUCUCGAGAAUCGCGGAAGUUCUUCAAGAAACUAAACGCCUCGCACAAAGGCUUUGUGCCGCGGGCCGAAAUGUGCAGAAACAAGGAAGGAGGCAUCUUGACGAACGAACGCGAUGUGAUCGAAAGGUGGAGGCAGCACUACGAUGAACACCUGAACAGCGCGCAGACAGGAGACCUAGACGGCGCUGAGGAGGACUACACCGGUGCAAUGAACAACGACGACGUACCACCCCCGACGAUGGGUGAAGUUAAGGAGGCCAUUAAUCAGCUCAAGAAUCACAGAGCAGCUGGUAAGGAUGGCCUCGUAGCGGAGCUCUUCAAGGGAGGGCCGAGAAAACUUGUAGAGUGUAUGCACCGGUUGAUAGUCAGGAUCUGGGACACAGAACAGCUACCGGAGGAGUAGAAG